CGAUCACAGGAUAACGAUAUUGCCCUACUGGCCUUAGACCCAAUCAAAAACGUCAGACUAGUCAAACUUCCAUCAGCCUACACCACUAGCACGUAUACUGGCCAGCAAGCCGUAAUUGUCGGAUGGGGAGACACUUCUGAAGGUGGUAGCAAUUCCAAUGAUUUGCUCAAGGCUACCGUCACUGUUUUGACGAACGAAGCUUGCAAUCUGCAAUACAACAAGAUAAACAACACAAUUACUAACAACAUGGUUUGCGCUGCAGCUCCCGGUAAAGAUACUUACCAGGGUGACAGUGGUGGUCCCAUGCUGGUUGAAGGUGUUCAAAUAGGCAUCACCAACUUUGGUGAGGGCUGUGCUGAUCCUAGAUUUGCAGGCGUGUACACCAGAGUUACUCGCUACAUUAACUGGAUCACAAUUUCAUAUACGAUUUGAACCGUCUAUGGUCUAUGCUGAAGCUUGUCUGCAAAAAGAAACCAAACAUCGAUCAACAAUGUUUUAUCAGUUUUUACUCUUUCCUGGGUGUUGGCGUUCAGUUACGUAUGACCAUGGCAAAAUGCAAGCAUUUGGGUGUAAAGGUGACGGGACAUCAAGUAAAAUUCUUCUCAAUAUGAUGUUAUAAUAAACUUGUUGAAGCAAA